CCCGUCGAGGCACCCGAGCGAGCAGCCGAGGCAACCGACAAUAAACAACAGCCGACCGCUGCGGAAGGAGCACGGAGGCGCCGAAACCGCCUCCCGCUCCGAGAGUGGCGGUGGGCGCGGCGCGACUACAGGUCGCAGCGUUGCUGGCAGCGUUAUGUGGCUCCGAAGUUGACGAGGUGGCUUCCACUAUGCUUACAUUAGGUACCCCCGGCGUGUUAAUCGACAUGUUUUUCGCGCAUCCUCACAAUAACUUCCUUCACGCGCAAGUGCUCGUCAUGGUCCGAAAUGCGCUCUCAAAUCGCGCUUACAGGACGCAGUACGCUCGACACAUAUUGGAGGAGUGCGACUUAUUUAACAGACUAAUGGACAUAUAUGAAGAAAAUGAAGCAAAAAGGGGAACGCCGAGCAGCCCUCGCGCCGGUUACAUGGGGCACGUGGUCCUGCUCCUGCGAGCGAUCGCCCCCACGUUAGAAGAACAGACACCCUCUGCGGAGCGGUGGGCGGCUUCCUCCAUCGAAUCCCAUAUCAAGCAGCUUGACACGCCACUCGGCGGUUACUACCCCUCGGAAAACACAUAUGAAGUCGAGCCUGAAGGCAUGGUUGAAGUGGAGAGUCGUCUAUAUAACCUAUCUAAUGUGAGUAAUACAAAUUACACGGACUUCGCCACAGAAGAAGACUUGAAUGAGGUUGCGUCGUCGGCCAACAUGAAUAAGUUUUUGGAGCUGUCCAAUCAGCGGAUGUGCGAUCAAUCGGAUAUGUGGGAAGACGCGCCGGAAGGCGAAGCGGAGGAGGAAAGAGACAGAGAUAGGGAAGGCGAUACGGAGGAAAAGGACGACGAUGAGGCGAGAGCUACUGUGCACGAUGUCCUCGCCCCUGUCAGCCCAUGGGAAAGCUCAUUCGAAGAAUCCAACAUGGCUGGCGAGGGCUGGGCCCAAUUCAACGCCGAUGCCUUUGGCGCGCCCAUCGACCCCUUCGCCGCCGACGCUUUCGUCAAAUCCGACGCUUUCGCCAACGACAUGUUCGUCAAAUCCGACGCGUUUGCGAAGGACGCGUUCGACAACGACGCCGUGUUCGAUAAGGCUGAUGCGUUUUCGAAGGAUAAAGCGUUUUCGAGUGAUUUUAAAAAGGAGUUUAAGGAGGAUACGUUUGGCGAGGGUGGUAGUGAGGAGUUUACGCCUUUCUGGGGCUACCAGGAUAAGACUGAUGAUGUAAACGGAACGAGCGGCGUGGAACAGUCCCUGCACGGCCUGCGACUCGAUGCUAUGGACAAGCCACUGGACGAGCUGAGCAGCUCGCUGGCUGAUAACCUUCGGACCGCUAUGAGCUCCAUGACUCCCGAGGUAAUAGCGAACAUCGUAAACGCCAACAUGACGCCAGCGCUUGAAGUCCCUCUCGACGUACCAAACGCGUCCAACCCCACAGACACUAACGCGUCCAACGCAGAGCCGCACAAUGACACAACUAAUGCGUCGAACACGACAACCAACGCCAGCGAACCAGCGCCAAGUGAAAGUGACAAAGUCAGUGAUAAAGAUGAAAGUCUCCAAGACCCGUCAGAGAGCUGAUCCUCUCGCGGCGGGUAGUUAGCAGUGGCGCGGCGUCCGUAACUCGACUUCGAGUUGACAAGCGAGCCAAGUUAUCGGCUUGCCAUGUUGCCGCCACUGGCGGGCCAGAGGUCGGCAAAUACGGAGUGAAAAUGGAACAAGUAGGUGAAGUUUUAACCUCUUUGACUUCUAAAAAUCUACUAUGGUACUGAUUUGCAAGUUGCGAA